CGGCGAGUGUCGUUUUGUUCGUUCAUCGUCAGGUUCAGGUCACCAACCAAACCAGCUGAGAAACCGAUCGAAGUGUUGCGCUGCUUGCCAGGGUUUCACUUGCUAAUGUGGCAGAGUCUGUAUCAUCAAAGAAGUCAACCUAAAACGUCGUAGUACUUAGAAGUAGUGCGCCCACGAAGGAAGAAAUAUGAGUGUUAUUGAUUUUAUUCUCAGUUGGCAAAUCAUCCUCCAACCACUGUUCAAAAUGAUCCGCCGCCUAUUCAGCACCAUCAUCACCGACUACCCUCCGCCGGUGGGUGAAUUCCUUCCGGCAGCCUCCACCGGCACAUCCCAGUCGGCAAAUGGCAACGGAGUCGGAACGAACAACAGCAGUGCCGCAGCCUUCCGCUCUCCGCAGCUGGAAUCGCUAAAUUGGCUGCACACCGUAUCGCCCUGCUUCCCCGUUUCGGGCAACCAAAUCGAAGUCAUCUACGAGCCGUCCGCCUUCUACAACACCCUGGUGUCGAAAUGUGCCGUCGCAAAGCGGAGAAUCAUGCUGGCCAGUCUGUACCUAGGCAUUGGCAGCAAGGAGACCCGACUGGUCAAUGCCAUCCACGACAACAUGAAACAGAACCUACAGCUCAAGGUGGACGUUCUGUUGGACUUUACCCGGGGAACUCGCGGCGAGAAGAACUCCCAGACCACACUGAUGCCACUGCUGCAGGAAAGCGACAACUUCCGACUGUCGCUGUACCAUACACCGGUGUUGCGAGGACUGACCAAAAAGUUAGCGCCACCUCGGUGGAACGAACUGUUGGGCAUACAGCACAUGAAGCUGUACCUGGUGGAUGAUACGGUGAUCAUCAGCGGUGCGAAUCUUUCGAAUGACUACUUCACAAACAGACAGGAUCGAUACGUGAUGAUCGAGGACCGCAAGUUGGCGGACUUUUACGCAGACUUCCUGAACAAGGUGCAGGAGUUCAGCCUGAAUGUGAAUCGAAAUGGCGAUGCCAGUCUACACGAGAGCUGGAACAUGUUGCCGUACAAAAGCGACCAUGAGGAUUUCGCUACCGAAGCGAGAGAGCGGAUACGGAACUACUUCAAGGGAGUCCUGGAACGGCAGAGGAGUGUCUGCGAGCAAGAUACCGUCUCCGACACGUGGAUAUUCCCGCUGAUUGAGAUGGGUCAACUCGGUAUUCACCACGACAGUUUGGCCACCAAAAGUCUACUCUCGGGCUGUUUGAAAGAUUCGAAUCUGAAACUGGCGACUGGCUAUUUCAACCUGACCGAAACCUACAUGGAUACGUUGACCAAGGAUUGCCAAGCGGAGUGCAGCAUUCUGAUGGCGCAUCCUAAUGCAAACGGCUUCCUUGGUGCUAAAGGUCCCGCUGGUGGUAUUCCGGCGGCAUACUCCUUGAUCGCGCGAAAGUUCUACGAAAAGCUGAAAGAGUCCGGUCAGGACCAUCGGGUGUCCCUCUUCGAGUACGAGCGACUCGGGUGGACGUACCAUGCCAAGGGUCUGUGGUACUACCUGCCGGGAUCGACGCUACCGAACGUAACGCUGAUCGGCUCGUCGAACUUCGGUGAGCGAUCGGUGAAUCGCGAUCUGGAAGCGCAAAUCUGCGUGGUUACCACCAACGGUGGAUUGCAGCGGAAAUUGCAGUCCGAGUUUGAAAACAUACAGCAGCAUUCUAGUACGGCGGAAGCGGAGCUAACGGCACGACCGGUGCCGCGGUGGGUCCGGGCCGUGGUAGGACUGUUCAGGAACUUUUUCUAAGUCACAUUAUCGGGUAGAUUUUGUUUUUUUUUUUUAAUUUUUGGAUGCCAUUUUUCCUCCUUCCUUCCUUCCGGUGUGUUCGAGCGCGCGAACUUUCUUCAGACAGUGUUAGUAGCUUACUGCGUAGGCGAAUCAGAUCAUCAAAAUAACCGACCGGUACCAAAAGAGUAUAGCCAAGUAGGGGUAGGUAAGUUGUUGACUCGUUAACUUAUUUUUACUUGCCUGAGGAGAAGCGAAUCAGAGGCCAAGUGUUGAACGCUUUCUGCCAUGUCUGCUUCGGACAUGCCGAAUCACGGAGAAGAUUGCUGAAAUAUCAAUUCAAUGUUGGAUUAUUAAACUUCUUUGAUUGUUCCUAAUGUUA